CGUGUAGGAAUAUAAAAAGAUGGCUAGUGUUGGAAUGAUCAUCACACUUCUCUCUCAACUGCCCUCAGAAGAGCAACAGAAUUCCAACACUUGUCAAAAAUGAAAUUGUCGAUCGUCGCCCUCGCUUUCUUGGCUGUCGCUUUUGCUGCACCUCAAGGAGACAAGAAGCCCAUUGAGAUUAUUUCAUCCAACAGCGAAGCAAAUGCUGAUGGAAGCUAUUCUUUUGCAUUCGAGAGUGCCGAUGGUACGAAAGUGUCCGAGAGCGGUAGCCAAAAGCAAGUUGGACCUAAACCCGAAGACAUCGGCACCGUCUCCAAGGGAUCUUACUCUUACACUUCUCCCGAUGGUGUCGUCAUCACCGUCAACUGGGUUGCCGAUGAGAACGGUUUUCAGGCUACCGGCGAUCACCUGCCUACUCCUCCCCCGAUGCCUGAGCACGUCGUGAAGAUGCUGGCCGAUUUGAAGGCAGCCGGUGUUCUGUAAACUAUUGGCGUCUGGUCUACAGUCAUGUGAUCAAAACAAAUUGCUCCGCUCGCUUUGUACAAUUUCAAAUGUCCCUCUCUUUUUUAUUAGGAAAUAAAGAAAAAUUUACUUGCGUAAAAA